GUUGAAUGACCAGUUGAAGCAACAGAUGAGUAAACACACACACAGAGGGACUCUGCUCCACUCUUUACUCCGAAUGCAGAAUGGGAUGUGACUUCAUCGUUGGAUAGUAAUUCAUCUGUCCAGGAGCAGCUGGCACAAAGAUGUGACUGUCCCGUGGGUCAGCUUGACUCUUCCUAGAAGUCUUUGUGAGAGGCUCUUUGUGUUAAGGUGAAGCAGGUCUCCUUUGUGGAUACAUUAACUGGAUUUGCAGAGCAAUUGAUACAUCAAAAAUGUCAGCUGGUGAGGCCUUCGUCACCCUGGCCACCACGGACUCAUACUGCAUGGGAGCUACAGUGGUGGCCAGAAGUUUGCGGUCUCAUGGGACAACGCGCAGCAUCGUCAUUAUGGUCACCCCCAACGUCUCCGAACAGUCAAGGCUUGCCCUGAAGUAUGUGUUUGAUGAGGUCAUCACAGUGGAUGUGAUGGACAGUGAGGACCGUCUCCACCUGGCCUUGCUGGGACGUCCUGAGCUCGGCAGCACCUUCACCAAGAUUCACUGCUGGACUCUGACCCAGUACAGCAAAUGUGUCUUCCUGGAUGCGGACACACUUGUUCUGAGUAACGUGGACGAUCUGUUUGAGAGAGCCGAGCUGUCGGCAGCUCCCGAUCCCGGCUGGCCCGACUGCUUCAACUCUGGCGUGUUUGUCUUCACACCGUCGCUCCACACCCACAGAAGCCUCCUGGAUCACGCCCUGCAGCAUGGCAGCUUUGACGGUGGAGACCAGGGCCUGCUGAACUCUUUCUUCAGCAGCUGGCCGGUGGAGGACAUCAGCAAACACCUGCCAUUUGUCUACAACCUCAGUGCCAGCACCGUCUACAGCUACCUCCCUGCUUUCCUACAGUUUGGCCACAAUGCAAAGAUCGUUCAUUUCUCAGGAGCAGAGAAACCCUGGAGCUCCAGCAGUCAGAGGGGCGACAGCAGUUCACACACCAUGGAGCGGUUUGUGUCUCUGUGGUGGAAGGAAUACCACAGUAACACAAUAGCGCCUGCACCAGAGAAACCACAACAGAUCCAAGAACGAGAAGCCAAGAUGCCAUUUAGAGAAAACUUGGACAGUUCCAACUCACUGCUUGCACAUUUUUCACCCCCUUCUGAGACGCUCCAUUCACCGCCUGAACCAGAGACAUGUCCCGAUACAGAUCACACACCGCUGAAGGAAGAGUCGAGAACAUCUGAGGAGACAGAGAUCCAGGAUACAGCUUCUGAAGCAGAUGGGUUUGAGGACAGCGCUUGUGCCCCGGACACUGAUACACAACCUAGGGCAGCAGACCUAGAGGCGGAGCGGCAGGCGCAUCGCAGGCAGUGGGAGGCUGGGCAGGUGGACUACCUGGGCCGAGAUGCCUUCCACAACAUCCAGAGGAUGCUGGACCGCUUUCUGGAAUAAUCACACACAGGAAGUUUAAUCUGGACCCAGUGGUAACAACAGCCUAAUUUCGGGAUUUGUGUCUGUUUACAGACAGACAAAAAGACAGAUUGUUUUACUUUACAGUCCCUACUUCUGACACCUAGUGGUAGUAUCAAGGCACUGGGACUGACAGUGAUGCACACCGUUCCACACCACCCUCAUGGGGACAUUGAGACUGCGCUGGUGACUGAAACCGACAUUUUUCUACAAACAAUAAAAACCUAUCCACCUUAUUCCUGAAGACGCUACUGUAGAAAUGAUUAUGGGUGCAGCUUCUGGUGACAUAGAGGAUGUUGCAGUAAGGUAGUUCGUUACAUCGAUUUCUAUGGUUCGUCCAAGUGGCUAAUCUCGGUGGCUAACCACCAACGGCGGCUCUGUUUCGAAGGUGCCUGCUCUGCUACCUGUUAUGCUAACCAGGUCUCACUCUGAAGCCGCUGAAAUCCAGUGCUUGGUCAGUGACUCCCGGCGUCAGAAAAAGCCGUCCUUUUACAUCGGCAUGAUACAUGGCUGGUCGUUGUUAUUGUUUAACGGCACCUGGCAGUGUGAGGGUGAAACAUGGCGGGAACACAAUGGAAGUUAAGGCGGUGGAAGUCUGAGUAGGGCGGGAGGGGGCUGGUGUUUGCUUCCUGUAAGAUUUUAAAGCCCAUAAGUCACAUAAGGUAACAUGGGGGUGAGGAAUAGGGCGGAUGAGACCAAAUAAUUUCAAAGAUGAUAAAAGCACAGGAACAUUUGACACAUCUGGCUUUAACUCUCAUAUUUUGUGAAACUGUCAAUUAAGAAUACGUUGAAUAUGAACCACGUUAGCGUUAAAGCAAACACAAGUGCUCCAGGUAAAUGCUUGUCUUGUCUUCACAUUGGCUCCAUGGCAAGAUUUCUACCAUCCACUUUUAUUGUUUAUGUACUGAUAAGAGUUACUGUCUGUUAAUUGUAGUAAUUCCAAACUGAUGGUCACUUCCGUUGCAUAAACCUGCAGCAGGAGCAAACAGUCAUCAUCUCAAUCUCCAUCCCCAAAUUCUAUAUUCAAGCCAAACUGCAAGCUUGUCAAAUACUACCGCUUUGUCAGUCUAAGUCACCGCAUCUUAGUGCGUCAUGCCACACCACAAAAACUGUUCAGGAAUGACCCGAGGAACGAGACAAAGAGCUCAAGACCUGGCCUCCAAAUUCCCCAGAUCCCACUCUGAUCGAACAUCUGUGGGAUGUGCUGGUACCCCACCUCACAACCCACAGGACUCAGGAGAUCUGGUGCCAGACACCAAAGGACACCCUCCAGAGAUCCAGUGUCCAUGCCUUAACAGGUCAGAGCCAAGUCUGGUCCAAGGAGUACCCACCGGGGAUCGGGGGUACCUCUGGGGUAUGUGCACGUCCCUCAAAUGUUCUGGGGAUCUGGGGUAUUUUGAAGCAAAGUCGACACCUUGAGCUCUUUGUCCCAUCCCUCGGGGUUGCCAUGAGGGGGGGUACUUGGUCUGCAACGGUGUUUAGGUGGGUGGAACAUGUCAGGUGGUAUCCACACGAAGAUUUCGAAGCAGAACAUUGCACUGUAACAAGACGAUGAAGGUUAUUCACCUCACCUGUCAGUGGUUUCAGUGUUUUGGCUGAUCAUUGUGUAUGUCUGACUCUGACGUCCACUCACAACGUGGCGAUUUUUGACAAGUUGGGUUGUUGCCCACUGCCUCCGAAUCCACUGCCACCCAGUGUGUAUCAUGCCACCACAAAGGGUGCCUCCAUGCGUCCGUGUCUGACGCUGAUAUCACCGACAAUGCAGCACUGACUAUCAAACUCUGACUCUCUGUUACAUUGCUUCUUUUUCCUCUGUACGCUGUAGUAUACUGUCAUAUUUAAGCUGUGGAAUAUCUAACAUUUUGUGCUCUGCAGUAAUAAACAGUGCAUGAUAACACUAAUAUGGAAGAUACAAGUCCCAGGUUUCCUGAUUAUUUCUCAGAAAGUAACUGAUGUGUAACCGUGUAUCCAUGUUGACAGUUAAACAUGUAAAAUUUUCUUUUUGUUUUUCCUUUUUUUGUGUGUGUGUUUUCACAUGUUCAAGUUCACAUGGAUAAACAGAACCCUCAAAUAAACAGACUUGUGCACUUCCUC